GUGAGCCGAAGAUCGUUUUGGCCGCAUGCAAUGCAGGCGAACUACAGUCGUUGCCAGCUAUGAACGAAUCAGUCGGUGAGAGUGCGUCGGCCCGAACGGUACAAAAUCAAAAAUCGAGAUAUUUCGCAACGGGAAAAAGUGUGUAAAAGUGAAUAUUGACGCUAUAAAUAUAUGCAUGUAUAUAUAGAACGCAACGCCUAUAUAUACAUAACAUUUUCUUAAACGGCAAGCUAAAGCUUAUGCGGAAUAGAAGGGGUUACGCCUAGCAACCAACGCCUAUAAAACGACAGCAAGAACUCGGAAUAAAUUUGGUAGUGCUCGAAAAGAAGUUAGUUUAUUAGCGCAAACAAAAUGGCUGACGUACCGGAAGCUAUAAAGAAGUGUGCCGCCAUGUUGAAGGGCACCAAAAGUGAGACGGAAAAGUUUGCCGCACUCUUCAUGGUAACGAAGCUGGUAAAGGGUAAGGACUGCACAACAGCUGCUAAAAAAUUACUAUUCGAAGCGAUCGGUUUCGGUUUUCUCAAGAAACUGCUUAAUGGUAAAAAUCUACCCGAUGAUUGUCCACCACUUGUCUACAAGAGUGUGGCGCUCUCAAUACUUACCUGUUUCUGCCAGGAAGAGGAGUUGGCCACGCACAAGGAUAUGAUCGAAGCCAUACCCACCUUGUUGGAGAUCGUCGAGACUGCAGACGAUGACGAUUACGAGGACAAUUUGAUUGUCGUCAGCGAAUCGUACAGUUGCCUAAAAAGCAUUGCCACCUAUGAACCAGGUCAACAGGCGCUGCUUAGCAUUGGUGCCAUACCGAAGAUGUCGCAAAUCUAUUCUGCACAAAGUUUCCAAACUGAUGAGGCUUUGCAGUUGAUCGUUUUGUUGGUCAACAAAUUCGGCACAGCGUCCUGGUCUGACGAUCCGAAACCUUUCCAUGCGCUCGUGCAGCGUAUAGCAUUGGAUAUGGAGACAGAGAAUAGCGAACGCAAAUACGAGCUGUGCAACAUACUCUCAUCCAUACUGAAAACUUGUCGUCGUGAUGUGAUCGUUAACUCGCUGGAGGGCGAAAUUUGGCCCGAGAGCAUUUUUAAGGCUAUUGGCGAUAUUUUGAAAGCGAAAAUUGGUCCCAAACAACGCGAGCCCGCUUUACAUCUGAUUGCGACCACCUUGCAGGUGCUGGGCAUUCAAUGGGCAUUUAUGGAUGAUCAAAAGACACUCUUCCUUUCGAUACUCCAAUUGGCUGCUAUUGAAGUACGCAUGCAAAUGGACGAGAAAAAGCUCGAGACCACAUUCAAACGCUCCGAUCUCAUUACUUGCUGUUUCGUCAUACUUGAACUGUGCAUCGAACAUAUGGCUAACGACCAGAUAGACUUAGAGCCCAAAGAAAAGCAAACCACGUACACAGCGUUGAAGGGCGCCUUCAAUCAGGUAUUAGCUGUAUUGACACGCGUCUCACAAGACAAAAUCAAAGAUAACGGCAAUCCACGCGACAAAGCUUUCAUCUGCGCCAUUGUACGCAUACUCUCCGCUUGGCUGGCACAAGAAACGACCGCCAUGCGUCCGGCCAUCUACAAAAUACUACCCUUCAUGUUCAAGGUAGGCAACGAGUCAUUCCACGACCUUAAGGCUUGGCGUACUGGCUCGCGCGAGGGUGAGCAACCCGUUGAUGUGCUGCGCGUCAUGCUGCCAGCGCUGUGUCAUUUGGCUUUGGAAGAUGAUGCACGUAAAAUUUUGUUCACCACCAAACAAGAUGAAAUAUUGCUCGAACAAAUCGAAUUCUACUUUACCAUUGCGCAUUACAAGCGUCCACCAAUACCACGCGCCGAGCGUCUCAAACGCAUGAACGAACCCGAUCCGGUGCCAACACCCAAACAGCUGGAGGAAAUGAAGGAUGCACGCGCUGCAAUCGUCUCACUGUGCAACAUCUUGAUGAACUUGACUGUGCUGGAGCCAAAAUUGGCCGAAGACUCACCGCUCUUCGCAAACGUACUCAAGUUUGUGGUGGAAAAUCUGCCCGAACUCAAAGACAUACCCGAUAAUCUGGUUAUGCACGGACAUCUGGCCGUACUCGGCUUACUGCUGCUCAAGCAACAAUCGAAACGCGUCAAACAAAACGAUUUCUCCUUCUGUCGCUAUAUACAGGCUACCAUACGCUUCCUUUGGGAUGCCUACAAUAUCGAUGAGUCCAACGAUCCCACCGCCCUGGUCGUAUCCAUUGCGUACAAAGAACAUUGGAUGGAGAUUUCAGAAUUAUGGUUCCUUGGUAUGCAAACUAUAAGCGGUGUCUUGGCUUUGGUACCUUGGCUGUCAGAGUUCGCCAUCGAAUCCGGUUGGGCUGAGGGCAUCGUGCAGACAUUGAAGAAGGUCAAAAUCGGCACAUUGCCACCCAAUGUCAAGUCCGCCUAUGAGGACUUCCUAUCGCAAUUGGUCGAGGUAAACUCAUCCGUGGUGGCGGUGCUGAAGAAGGCCGACGCAUUGCGUGUCUGUCGCAAUCACCGCAUGAUGGACUUGGGCAAGAAACUUUUCGGCGAUUAGAUAAAGUUGCAACAACAAUGACAGUUGGCCGCAUCCACUGCAGCAGUCAGACAAAAACUUUAUUUUAACUUAAUUAAAAGAGAAAAGCGAAAGGAGAAGCCCGAAGAUUUAGGUACAUGUAGUACGCUGCAAAGGAGAGAAUUUAGUGGUCUAAGUGAAAGGGAGAACUUAAGAUAACAAAAGUUUUUGCGUAAUGUUUUUUUGCAUAUUUAGUAUAAGAAGAGUAAGAAAAAACGAAAAUCUCACUUUUUGAUGAUGAGUUUUCGAACAAGUUGAAAUCUUUUUGUGUAUUUUUUGAAUUUUGCAUUGCACGCACUGAAUUUUCUAUUCACUCGUUUUUAUACAUGCAUAAUUUAAACAAAAUUACGAUUUUGUACGAAGUAGAAUAUAAUAAGAAAUCGAAGAAAACCAGAUAAGAUACAAAUCAAGAAAAAAAAAAACAAAAAAGAAUAAAACAUUAAUAAAUUAAUGAUCAGGCAGCUGUUUUUCUUUAAUUAUA